AUGUGGAUGCGGGGCGGCGGGCGCCAGGAUCCCCCCGCAGUUCACACAAACUGAAUGCGUCCGCUGAAUCGCCCUUCGCAAACCAUCCCCAGUAUACAAUUCCGGGCAACGCGUAGGAUCUCUUCUACAAAGCAAAGAGCCCAUAUCACAAAAAGCACAGCGAACGCCGCAGGGACCUUUUCUCCACGGACGUAUAUGUGCGCGCACCAACACCUCCUCCUCCGCCGGGGCUCCAGCCCGGACUGAGCAGGAGCGGCUGCGGCGGCGGAGCUCCACGACGACCCCUGCCUCGCUGAUUGGCGGCGCCGGCUGCCGUCUCGCGGAGGACGCUCGGCUCGGCUCGGCUCUGCCGACGGAGUGACGUCGACGGAGCGGAGAAGUCGCCACGGCCGACGGCGUCUUGUGCAACCGAAACGGUGCCAUUGUUGAAGAAGCGCAAAAAAAACCCCCCACACACAUACAAAUUCACAAGAGGGAGAGAGAGCUUUCGAGAAAGCAGUAGCGGCUAGCUGGCUGGCGGGCGGGCCGGCGGGCGAGCGAGCGCUUCUACUCACCCACCCGCGGCAGCGCGAGCGGCGGUCGCGAGCUCGGUGACAGUUGGUCGCGCGGCGGCGGCGAGAGAGAACAAGCGGGCGGGCCUCGAGCCCCGGGCUGGAGCAGCGACUGAGCCGCCGCGGGGAAGACGAGGGAGGCAGCUCCAGAGAGAGUGUGUAUGAGUGAGCGCCGUCCGUUUCAUGAGGCUCCCUCCAAGGCUCCCGCGGAGUGGGCUCUUCAGCUUCGAACCCCAUCCCUCACUUCUUGCGGACAGGCGACUUCUUCAUUAACAAUGAGAAGGAAAGGAAGGUGUCAACGAGGGACUGCAAGGCGCUCGGCAUCACCUUGCAAGCUGAAACAUUCACCAAGCCGUGAAAUGCUGACAUAUGCUCAAGCUCAGCGAAUGGUUGAAAUGGAAAUUGAUGGGCGGUUGCACAGAAUCAGUAUUUAUGAUCCACUGGAAAUCAUUUCAGAAGAUGACUUAACUGCUCAAGAAAUUGUUGAAUGUAACAGCAAUAAGGAAAACAGUGAACGUCCACCUGUUUUUGUAAAGAGUAAAAGGUGCAAAUCCAAUAAAGUUAAAAAGAAGGAUGUCGUUAUUCAGAGUACACAUGGUGCUCAAACUCAAGUAAACACCUUGCCGGAACCAAGAUUUAGAUUAGUGGAUUAUGAGCCACCUUCUGCUCCACGUCGACCUUCAUCAUAUUACAGGCUCAUUGAGAAGUCCGCGGAGGAGCUCAAUAACGAAGUUGAGUAUGAUAUGGAUGAAGAAGAUUAUGCAUGGUUGGAAAUGAUCAAUGAAAGGCGCAAAAGUGAAGGUUUGAGUGUAGUUUCACAGAAUGUGUUUGAGUUUCUCAUGGAUAAACUAGAAAAGGAAUCUUACUUUGAAAAUUCUAAUCAAGGUGAUCCUCAGUCUUUAAUUGAUGAAGAUGCUGUUUGUUGUAUUUGCAUGGAUGGGGAAUGUCAAAACAGUAAUGUAAUAUUGUUUUGCGACAUGUGUAAUUUAGCAGUGCACCAGGAAUGCUAUGGAGUUCCAUAUAUACCCGAAGGACAAUGGUUGUGCCGUCGUUGCUUGCAAUCAUCACCUCGAUCUGUUGAUUGUAUCUUGUGCCCAAAUAAGGGUGGUGCUUUCAAGAAAACUGAUGAUGGUCAAUGGGGACAUGUUGUAUGUGCUUUGUGGGUUCCUGAAGUUGGAUUUGCUAAUACGGUAUUCAUAGAGCCUAUUGAUGGUGUCAAGAACAUUCCAGUGGCCAGGUGGAAACUGACAUGCUACCUCUGCAAACAGAAAGGGCUUGGUGCUUGCAUCCAAUGUCAUAAGGCAAAUUGUUAUACUGCAUUCCAUGUAACUUGUGCUCAACAAGCAGGUCUGCACAUGAAAAUGGAGCCUGUUAAAGAAACUGAAUCCAAUGGGACAACAACAUUUAAUGUGAAAAAGACUGCUUUCUGUGCUGUGCAUACACCUUCAGGAUGUGUGAGAAGGCCACUAAACAUUUAUGAGCCAGCUGAUCUAAAAAAUGGCAUAUGUAGAAUAGAUUUGCCUAACAAAGCAACCAAAAGUAAGUGUAAGACGAGGCAAAAGACAAAGAAGGCACAGAAGCUGUUAAUUGAAAAAAGUACUACAGUGCCUGUCGUAUCUGUUCCAUGCAUUCAGCCAGAUAGGCUAAAUAAAAUAAUGAGUCAGGUAUCAAUACCACGGAAAAAACAGUUUAUACAGAGGUUAUAUGUUUACUGGACACUUAAACGACAAUCAAGAAAUGGUGUACCUCUCCUUCGUCGUUUACAGUCACACUUGCAGUCUCAGAGAAAUUCACAGCAGAGAACAAAUGACGAACAGAAAAAUGGUUUGAAAGAACAGUUGAAAUAUUGGCAGAGGCUCCGUCAUGAUCUUGAGAGAGCACGUUUACUAGUUGAACUUAUUCGUAAACGUGAAAAACUAAAACGUGAACAGGUCAAAGUUCAGCAGGUUGCAAUGGAACUCCAGCUAACACCUUUGACUGUAAUGUUACGUUCAAUUUUGGACCAGCUUCAGGAAAAGGAUACAGCGCAUAUAUUUGCUCAGCCAGUGAGCUUAAAAGAGGUUCCAGAUUACUUGGAUCAUAUAACACAUCCUAUGGACUUCUCAACAAUGAGGAAAAAGAUUGAAGAUCAUGGUUAUAAUAAUCUGGAUGAAUUUGAAGAUGAUGUUAACCUUAUUAUAGAUAACUGUAUGAAAUACAAUGCAAAGGACACAAUAUUUUACCGAGCAGCAGUGCGGUUAAGAGAUCAGGGAGGUGUCGUAUUAAGACAAGCUCGACGUGAAGCUGACAGAAUUGGUUAUGACAAUGAAACCACCAUGCAUUUGCCUGAACCACCAAAGAGCAAAGCAGCUAAGCCUCUGACAUGGGAAGACGUGGAUAGAUUAUUGGUGCCUGCAAAUAGAGAGAACAUGUCUUUGGAAGUGCAGCUCAAAGAACUGCUGGAGAAACUGGACAUGACAUGUGCAAUGAAAGCCUGCAGUGCUAAAUCUAGACGCGUCAAGUUACUGCGAAAAGAAAUUAAUAACAUCCGGCUCAAAUUAAGUGAACAGAAGGCUCAAAGUGAACAUGCACAUGGUGAAAACAGUAUAACCGAUGAUGGAGCAAAGUUGGAGCAAGAUGGAGAUUCCAAGUCUUCUGUGCCGCCUACUCUUGAACCAUCUGAUACUUUGCCUCUUCUGCCAACUUCAGAUACUCCAUCAGAACCACCAAUCCUUAAACCAAUAGAACCUAGCACUGACCAGAGUAGAUUAAAUAAAAGAGUUAAGUUUGAUGGUGAUGAAGCGAGUAAUACUUCCUUGCAGAAUGUGACAAUGAAUGGACACACUCCAGAAGACCUGAUUAAUGGUGACGUCAGUAGCUCAAAAUCCAUUACAGUUGAUCUGCCACCUGAUGGUGAAAUACAUUCUUCUGCCCUCUUCCGAAAACCCAAAAGCAUGAACUCACAAAACCAAGCAAAAAUUUCAGAAACUCAACCACAUCAAGGGCAGCUGGGAUCGAAAACUUUCUUAUCUGUGGUAAUUCCCAGACUGGAGACAUUAUUACAACCAAGAAAGAGAUCGCGGAGCUUAUGUGGGGACGCAGAAGGAGAUGGUGAAAAGUUACCUCUCAAAAAAAGUGGUCUGGUAUUAUCUAAUGGAUUUGGUAAUGAAGAAAAACCAGAAACCACACAGACCAAUGCAACUGAUCAUCAGCGACGUCGUUGUGCUUCAGAAUCAAGUAUAUGUACUAGUAUCAGUGCAGUUUCCAACCAUGCAAGCACAAUAAGUCUUCCUAAGUGUGGCAAAGGAAAACCAGCACUAGCUCGAAGAAACCCUCUAGAGAACAGAAAUGAAUUGAUUGCUUGUAUUGAAAAUGGCAACUUUGCCAAAGCAGCUAGAAUCGUAGCAGAAGUUGGACAAAAUAGUAUGUGGACCUCUACAGAUUCCAGUUCUGCUUUGGAGCCUUUAAAGUUAAUUUGGGCAAAGUGCAGUGGUUAUCCAUCAUAUCCAGCCUUGGUAAUUGAUCCAAAGAUGCCUCGAAAUGGUUUUCGCCACAAUGGAGUGCCUAUUCCUGUGCCCCCUCCAGGUGUACUGAAAGUGGGUGAGCAAAUGAAUAGGAGAGCUGGAGAGAAACUUUAUCUUGUUCUGUUCUUUGAUAACAAACGAAGUUGGCAAUGGCUUUCAAAGUCUAAAAUAGUCCCCCUUGGUAUUGAUGAAACCAUAGAUAAAAUAAAAAUGAUGGAAGGUCGAACUUCUUCCAUUCGGAAAUCUGUCCGCGUUGCUUUUGAUCGAGCAGUGCUCCAUCAAAGUAGAGUCCAAGGUGAACAAACGAGUGACUUUAGUGACGUUGAUUGAAAAUGUGACGGGCUUGGGAGAUGAACCCCUCUGGUUGAAGUUAAAACCAAGAAACUUUGCAAAACAAUUUCUCAGAGAGAAUGUACUUUCCACUGUUGUCUCAAUCAUUGGUUCAGUAGGUGUGCUUAACAAAUAAUGGCACCUACUUAUUCACUGCCAGCUGUAAUAAUGUUUUUCAUACAUAAUUUCCUUUUGUGUAAACAUUCAAACUUUUCCGCUAUAAUUUUUUCAACAGGAUUAACUUGUUCAUAGUGUUUAUAACUCAUGGAAAAAAAACUGUAUAUACUUGUAUAUUGCUACACACCGUAAAUUAUUCGGUUAGUCAAAAUUGGUCGCCAUCUGUUCUGGUACUUUGUUGUUUUUAUAUAUAAUCUAAAUGUUCUGUAACUUAUUAAAUGAACAUAAAGAAAGCUGUUCAUGUAACUAAGUACCAUGCUACAGAUAAUUUUGGUGCAGUGUAUACUGAAAAAGUUCAUGAACAAAAUCAAGAUAACUUAAAAUGGUGUGCAAUAGAGCAGUAAAAUGAGCUUUUAUAUUUCUCUUACCAAAAGACUCUUUGUUUCUCAACUAUAUCUUGGGUUGGUUUGUGUUUCAUAAUAUAAAAAAUCAAACACAUGUAUGCUUGUUCAUUGGAAUACAGUUUCCCCAGUAUAUCUGUCACUCUAGAUUUCAAUCAAAAAAUCCAUUAGCUAAAUAUUUGUAAAUAUAAUAACUGCUACAUUCAAAUUUGCAGUCCUUCCACGUAUAUGGAAAAGAUCUGGGUCUCUGGAUUUUAACCACAAACAUUAGAGAAUCAACAACCCUAUCCAAUUUGAUCAAUUUAGGCAAUCUAACCAGGGACUAAUAUUGCACUGUGCAUGGAUUACUUUAAAGAUUGCAUUCUAUUGCUGUACUGAUUAUCUUUUUUUUAAUACAUUUUCAUUUUUCUGUCUUCAAUUUGGAGGAAAUCUCGCCUUUGAACAAUAUUAAAUGAACACCUUGCUUCUGUCUUGCUGCUUUAGGUUGAUUCAACUCAUGGUGCUGAAAAAGAGGAUUAACCAAAAUGUAACAUAGUCCUAAUUAUCUUUUGAAAUAAUAUUUGGUGAAGGUAUGUUUUAUGGGAAACUGGGAUGUUAGUUUGAUUUUGCAUAUUUAUGAAAUGCAGCAUUAAAAAAAUCCCAUAAGAUCAUCUUUACUGCCUGAAUCCCUGAAAUGCAGGAGUGCUUGUUGUACUAAGUGGUUUUGUAGCCUGUGUAUAAUUGUAUAUGAAUUCACUUCAAACUUGUAACUUUUUUACUUUGUUGGGAGGGGUGAUUUAAUAUUACAUUUCUUUUCUGCUGUGAUUUACUAUGGGACCUGUACACAAAUUUUUAAAAACAAUUUGUGCCUGCAUUGUUUCUUAAUUUAUUGUAGAAAGUGUACAGAUUUGCUUUGUAGUAACUUUUAUAAGCAACUGAACUGGUUUGAAACUGAAAUUUGUAAAGUGUUAAAACAAUAGAACAAAUGUUUGGUUGACCACAGGCACAUCAGUUUAAAACUGUACUUUGGGAAGGAAUAAAUGUGAUGCAAUCUGUUGCAUAUUCCUUAAAGUGCUUAUUUUUGUGUGUUUGGGGACUGUUGGGUGUUUAUAACAGAAGUUACAUCUGCAGAUACCUUCCAUGGCAGUCAGAAUCUUGGUGUGUUUUAUACAGUGUGUUUGUAAAUUGAACUAGUUUAUACAUUUUCUGUUGAUUGGAGAUGUACAUGGAGUUUCUUUUGGAUAUGGAAUAGGUCAUGGGUGCUGUUUUAAUCAUAUUAAUUUUGAUUCUGUGAACCGUUACAUUAUUCCCAGUGUUUCGAAGUAAAAUGACGUAUAAUUAUUUGGAAAUUUA